AGAAGCAAAGAAAUCUCUUCAACUUUCAUCAUGUUUUUAUCCAAACCAGCGGAGCAACUUGCCCAGGAGCUAAGCUGUCCCAUCUGCCUUCAGCUCUACAGUGAGCCGGUGGUUCUCCCUUGUGGGCACAACUACUGCCAAGCUUGUAUCUUCAAGACUGCUGAAUCUACAGACAUUGGCAAAAAAAUGCUUCCACGAUGCCCAGAGUGUCGCGAAGAGUAUCAGGGUGUGGAUAAUUUGCAGAAGAACUUCAAACUUUCUAACAUUGUUGAUGGUUACCUUGCCACUACAUCACAGAUACCGGUAUAUGAAGAGAUUGUGGCUGAGUCGGAACCUGAUUCAGACAAACCUACGGUUUUCUGCGACCACUGCAUAGACAACCCACUGCAUGCAGUGAAGACCUGCGUGAAGUGUGAAGUCUCUCUGUGCUCCAGGCAUCUUCAGAGGCACAACGAGAAGGAAUCCUUCAGGAGCCACUCUUUGGUGGAUCCCCAGAUCGAGCUGGGGUCGAGGAGCUGUUCCAUCCACCAACUUCCCCUCGAGUACUUUUGUUCCAAUGACAUGACAUCUCUGUGCACUUCAUGCUUUGUGGAGGGCCAUCACCAGAACCACGAUGUUCUCACGUUCAGUGUGGCCGAAGAAGAGAUGAGACGAGCCCUGGAGAGCCGAAACAAGGUGGUUUCCAGUAGACUGCAGCUGACAGAAAGCCUGCUGCGGAGGACCACAGAGGACCAGGAAGCCUCUGAGGCCACAGGAGACAGAAUGGUCAGCAAGGCUGUCUCACUUAUGGACAGUAUGGCUACAAUGGUGGACAGGUACAGGGACCGGCUGUGCAUGCUGUUGGAAGAGGAGAGAGGGCAGCGUAGGAAAAGCUGGCAGUUUGGAGUGAGUGCACUGGAGGAGCAACAGCAGCAGCUGAUUGAGGCCCAGAAGAGUGCUACACAGGCCCUCAGUGAGUCGGACACAUGUGUCUUUAUUCACAGAUUUAUUAUGAUUGAACAGAAACUUAAAGAUAUCGUCACGGUAAGUAUUCCCACCACAAUGCCCUCAAAGGCUCCACUCAACACCAAGCGUCUCCAGGCAGAGCUCAAAACCCAAGACUUCCGCUCAGAAAUGGUCCGCUUCCUGGAUAGCCUUCUCAUCCUUCUGAACCCCAUGGAGCUUACCUUCAAUGUCUGCACUACUCACCCCAGUUUGGUGGUGUCCACUGACCUGCGCACGGUCAGGUACAGCUCCACCAAACAGUCUUACAUGGAUCAUACAGAGCGUUUUACCAGCACACCCCAGAUCCUGUGCAGCCAGAGUUUCUCAAGUGGCACACAUGUAUGGGUGGUAGAAGUGGGGGGCAAUUGCAUGUGGUCCCUUGGUGUGUGCUACAAAAGCAUCCCUCGCCGGGGGGACCAUAGUCGCCUGGGGCACAACAUUGUGUCCUGGAGAUUGCAGAGGAAAAAUGGGAAGCUGACUGUGUGUACGGCCUCCAGUAACAUGGCCUUGGCUGAAACGGCCACUCCUCCAACCAAGAUUGAGAUUGCACUUGACUAUGAGGGGGGGGCAUUAACGUUCCACAGCAUCAAGUGGCACAGGGAGCACCUCUACACCUUCCGAGCUGUGUUCAAAGAACCAGUUUACCCAGCAUUCAGUAUUCAUUCAAACACUCCCGAGUCCUGGAUCACUCUACAGAGUGGGGUGUGA